AUUUUCUAAAAACGAAGUCCUUUAAAACUUAAAGUAUAAGAAAAAGGAAACUUUUGAAUACUGAAUAUUCCUAAUGAUGCAAAAAAUAAAAAGAGAAAUAAUAAAUUAAUCAUGGAUUGGACAAUAUCACGCUGUAUCCUGAAGCAUUACAUUUUACUUCUCACAAUGUCAUUUUUAUUCUUGCAAGGUUUUUUUCCAUUUUCCAUAAAACCUACCAAUCCAACAGCAGAGAUUAAAGCAUGAAGGUGUUUCUUCAUUUUAUGUUAAUGAUUUUAACGAAGUUGAUAAAAAUGUAACGAAGAAUGUUUUACAUGAAUUAGAGAGGGAUGACUGGGAUGUAAUGGUUUUACACUACCUAGGAUUGGAUCACAUUGGGCAUGUGGAAGGACCGUUUAGUGAGCUAAUAAAACCAAAACUAUAUGAAAUGGAUGAAAUAAUAAGAACGAUUCAUUUGAAAUCAGAAAUUUGGAAUAAAAGGACUCUUAUUGUAACAACAGGAGAUCAUGGAAUGAAGGAUAGUGGAGGUCAUGGUGGAGCUACUUAUAAUGAAACCAACGUUCCUUUAAUAUUUUCUGGAAUUACUUGCAGCAAUCAUUCUGCAACUCAAAUUGAUGUAUCUCCAACACUGUCAGCAUUAUUAGGUGUUGAAAUUCCCCAUAAUACAUUAGGUUCUGUAAUACAAAGUACUUUGCAGUCAUAUGACUUGGGGCAAAUUUUGCACAUUAUGAACUGUAAUGCUCACAUACUGAAAAAAAAUAGUCAAUUUGAUGAUUUUCAUGAUAUAUUUGAAGAAGCAACAAUACAAUACCAAAAAUAUUUAAACGACAAACACUUACAUAGUGGCAAAGAAGCAAUUCAACUAUAUGAAUCUUUCAUAUUUUUAAGUAAAGAAAAAUUAAUACUUUCGUCGCUCACACAAAACGAACAUCAACUUAUUUAUUCUGUCAUGCUUAUAAUUAUUAGUUUUAAAAAUAUUAUAUGUUACUUCUUUAACGUUAAUGGUCAAGAUAAAAAUAAUUUCUUGCAAGCUGGAGAUAUUUUUAUUGUUAUAUGCUUAUUGGCAUAUUUUUUUCUUCCUUUCGGAUAUUUAAUAAUUAUUUUUACGUUUAUUGCAACUGCUAUUUUAUUUUUUAGAAAUAUAAAAGUAUAUUUGCAUCUUCUACAAAAUACUAACUACCGUUUAAAAUUCCUUAUUUUCAGCAACAUUUGCCACUGUGUAAGUCUCGUUUCUUCUAGUUUUAUUGAGGAGGAACAUCAAAUUUGGUAUUUCUUUUGGUGUACAACGAUAUCCUCCUAUAUUUAUUUAUAUAUGUUUAAAUCAUUAAGUUCAUUUGCAGAAUUUACUGUAAUACUAUGCGCAUUUCGUUUUGUUAGAAAAUUAAAUCAAACAGGCGACAAAUGGGCGCACCUGUUAGAUAUUUCUCGGUGGCUUUUGUGUAAUGAACAUUAUUUUUAUUUGCAAGCAUUUAACAUCGUAAGUCUAAUAUUAACUUAUGCUGUACUUUACCAUUCAAAGUUUUUCAAAAAAACUUCAAAAUUAUUAAUUAUAGCUUUAGUAAUUUCAUAUUUAAUGAAAAACGUUUGGCUUCAUAAUCACUUAUUACAUAAAAUAUUUUAUUUAGUGAAUUUAUUGAUGUUUUCUAACUUUAUUAGAGAUAAACAAACUUUAAGUGGAUUAGUUGUAUUUUGGAUCCUAAAUAUUUUUUCGAGUGUUUUGAGAUACUAA